AAAAGACGCCCAUUAGCCGAAGCUUUCCAUCUUCAUUCUGUUCAGACACAUCUUAAGAAACAAGUGCAUGAAAUUUGACGGCAUUCUGAACCUUAAUACUGUAGAGAUAGGGACAGAAACUCGGGUACAAAUCAUGAUGUUCCACAGAAGAGGCAGUUAACAUUCUCGGCGCAGUCAUUUCAGCGAUCCAAUUUGACAAAAACGGAUCGUUAAAGCUUCGAAUUGGAUUAAAUUAUUGCGUGUCAGUUAAUACUCCCUCUCCUACCUGAUUUUGGAUGUGACGUGAAGAGAAAUCUGUUGUUCAUAGUGUCCUUUGACUCGAUAUAACGCGGACGAUUAAAAAAAAUUAAAAAAAAAAAUUAAAAUGAGUACGCACGAAACAGAAUCGUCGAUGGAUGUCGACGAUAAAGAGGAAGAUACGAAAAUCGAAAGAACAGAAACGAAAUUGACUUUUUCCAUUGACAACCUCCUUGCAGGUAAAUUUGAGAAAUACGGUCAGGCAAAGGAAAAAACUAAUACGGAUAGUGAAAAAGUAAAUCCUUCGACGAGCAGUGUCAAUUUGGAUUGUUUCGCAAGUUUUAAAGAAAGUGAUGUGAAUUGUGCUUCUGAUGAUGAUGAUGGAGCGAGCACAGUGAGUUCGGAGCCUGUUGAUGUGGAAAAUUCAACAAUAGAAGAUCUCCACGAGUUUGCCGAUGGGAAAUCGGACUAUCAACAAUCAGGUCCAUGUUCCUCUAGAGGCAAGCGAGCACGCACGGCAUUCAGCGCGCAGCAAAUCAAGAGUUUAGAGGCUGAAUUUGAGAAGAAUAGAUACCUAUCUGUGGCGGCUCGAGGGCGGCUGGCCAGACAACUGCGACUCACCGAGACACAGAUUAAAAUAUGGUUCCAAAAUCGCCGAACAAAAUGGAAACGGAAAUACACCAACGAUGUAGAACUUCUCGCACAACAGUAUUAUAGCAGUUUAGGAAUUGUCGCACCACGACCUAUGUUUGUCGGGGAUAGAUUGUGGAUAUUCAACUAUCCUAACAGAGUGCCGCCCACUCAGCAACAUCAAUGGAUGAAAUCGCUUAACAAUAUAGCGAAUUUGAAUACACACAAUCAAAUUGUCGAAAGAAACAUAUUUAGGCCGAUACCGAAACCGGAAGUGUCUCCAUUUUUAAUCCCACCAUCGACAAGUUAUCCGAGCGAAAGAGUUUUCAUGAACAACUUGAAUUUGGCGGGAAACGUAAACGUCAAAAUUCCCGCGCAAAAUAGACUAGUGCCAAGGGAGGUUUACAGUAAUAUGGCAACUGCACAGAAGACAAUGGACGUAUAUAAAAAUAACAUUUUAAGCCACAGCAGUCCACCCCAGGAGCCGAAUGUAGAUCAUUUAAGAAGACUGGAAGAAAAUUUUAGUAUAUAGUUUUAUUACGACUUCGUUAAUUCACCUCUAACUACUAGCCUGUUUCAACAAAAUCUAAUGAAAAGUUAUAACGGUAUAAGAGUUUUGUUAAAAUUAUCAGAAAAAAAUACUC